AGCCUCCUGUAGGUGGCAACAGUGCCACCUGUUUGACCGGUGGGGCUGAGCCAAGGACUAGAAGAGGGAGGAGACAGACAAACUCGGAGAGGAGCUGGGAAGCAGUGCAGAGCAGAGCAGAGCGCAGAGCUGAGCAGAGCUGCCGCUGAGACAAGGCCCUCACCAUGGCCGAGUCCCCCGGCUGCUGCUCCGUCUGGGCCCGCUGCCUCCACUGCCUGUAUAGCUGCCACUGGAGGAAAUGCCCCAAAGAGAGGAUGCAAACCAGCAAGUGCGACUGUAUCUGGUUUGGCCUGCUCUUCCUCACCUUUCUCCUCUCCCUGGGCUGGCUGUACAUCGGGCUCAUCCUUCUCAAUGACCUGCACAACUUCAAUGAAUUCCUGUUCCACCACUGGGGACAUUGGAUGGACUGGUCCCUGGCAUUUCUGCUGGUCAUCUCUCUACUUGUCACAUAUGCAUCCCUGCUAUUGCUCCUGGCCCUGCUCCUGCGGCUCUGUGGCCAGCCUCUGCAUCUGCACAGUGUCCACAAGAUGUUGCUGCUGCUCAUUAUGCUUCUUGUGGCCGCUGGCCUUGUGGGACUGGAUGUCCAAUGGCAGCAGGAAUGGCGUAGCUUACGUCUGUCACUGCAGGCCACAGCCCCAUUCCUUCAUAUCGGAGCAGUUGCUGGCAUCACCCUCCUGGCCUGGCCCGUGGCUGACACCUUCUACCGUACCCAUCGAAGAGGUCCCAAGACUCUGCUGCUGUUCCUAUUUUUUGGAGUUUCCCUGGCCGUCUAUCUGGCCCCACUAUGCAUCUCCUCACCCUGUAUCAUGGAGCCCAGAGACUUACCCCCCAAGCCUGGUCUGGUGGGACACCGAGGCGCCCCCAUGCUGGCCCCCGAGAACACCCUGAUGUCCCUGCGGAAAACUGCUGAAUGUGGAGCCGCUGUGUUUGAGACCGAUGUGAUGGUCAGCUCUGAUGGGAUCCCCUUCCUCAUGCAUGAUGAGCACCUGAGCCGGACCACAGAUGUGGCCUCUGUGUUCCCAGCCCGAACCUCCUCCCACAGCAGCGACUUCUCCUGCGCGGAACUGAAGAAGCUCAAUGCCGGGACCUGGUUCCUAGAGAGGCAACCCUUCUGGGGGGCCAAGCGGCUGUCAGGCCCUGACCGGAAAGAGGCUGAGAACCAGACAGUACCAACGCUGGAAGAGCUGCUGAAGGAAGCCGCAGUCCUUAACCUUUCCAUCAUGUUUGACUUGCGUCGCCCCCCACGAAAUCACACAUACCAUGACACAUUUGUGAACCAGACCUUGGAGACCGUGCUGAGUGCAAGGGUGCCCCAAGCCAUGGUCCUUUGGCUACCGGAUGAAGAUCGGGCCAACGUCCAACAGCGGGCCCCCAGGAUGCGCCAGAUAUAUGGACAGCAGGGAAGCAACAGAACUGAGAGGCCCCAGUUUCUCAACCUCCCCUACCAAGACCUGCCACUGUUGGAUAUCAAGGCACUACACCAGGAUAAUGUCUCGGUGAACCUGUUUGUGGUGAACAAGCCCUGGCUCUUUUCCCUACUCUGGUGCGCAGGGGUGGAUUCAGUCACCACCAACGACUGCCAGCUGCUCCAGCAGAUGCGUUACCCUGUCUGGAUCAUCCCCCCUCAAACCUACCUAAUGAUGUGGGUCAUCACCAACUGUGUGUCCACCCUGUUGCUUCUGUGGACCUUCCUCCUCCAAGGGAGAUGUAAGAAGGAGAGAGAGAAAACUGGCUUAGAAACAGCAGUGCUGCUGACCAGGAUCAACAAUUUCAUAAUGGAGUGAAUGCCCAACCCUGGACCCCCACCAACCAGAGCCUGAGGCCUGUCUGGACUAACAACAAGGAAGGGAGAGUGGCUGAAUGGGGAUAGGGUGGGGUAAACUUGGCCAACGGAAGGUCUUGAACUGUGAGGGCCCUCUGCACAGAUGGUGGGCAUGCAGCAAGCUUCCACGGAGUCUGACUCCCCUCAGGGUUUUGACCUGAGGUCACUGGGAAGACAGUCAGGGGAGGUUUCUCCCCAAAUGAAACUAGAACAGAGGAAGUGGGAAGGAGGUUGCCAAGAUAAUGUUUCAGAUCUGCCUGUACCUAUUCUUGUGUAGAAGGGACAGGGUGUGUCAGGGACAGACCAGCUUGGACCAGUGACUGGAGGAGAUGACAGAACGGCCUUUCCUGAGAACUAAGAUCAUGGAAACACUAAACCCACUCCAUUCACUGUCCCUCCUGACCCCCGCAAUUUAACUGCUUUCCUGCUUAGAUGCUGGGGACUUAAGAGCCCAUGUAGCUGUUUAAUUCUGCACCUAUAGGUGGCUUUUUGCUGUUCACAGACUUUUCUUCAAGACUGGUUGGCUCCUCCUACGUUGUUAAGCUGAUACCUAAUGAAUUUAACUCCUGUUU